AAGGCAUCCCAUUCGCGGCCUUCCCCAACAAACCUGCGGAUGCGCGAGACGAUGGCGCCCCAAGCGCACCGCUCUUCCCCCCUCAUUCUUCUUACUCGACGGAGGAGCGUCGGUCGAGAAAUCUUUAGGCAAUUCUACUCUCGCCCUCUUCGAUUCGAUCUCCGUUUCGGUCCGAUCUGACUUCAGGACGAAGAUGGUCCGAUCUGAUCUGAGUUUUUCCUCUCGUUCUCGAUGUUCUCUUGCCAAUCUCGGCGACUUCUGUGUCUUCCGUUAGAUUUCAUGUGGGGAGUAGAGUUUCUUGAAGCCCUUUGCCCUUCUCCGUUUAUUAGUGAUGAACGAGCCUGUUUAGCCGGCUGUUCGCGAAGGAGGUGAUGAGGAUCUUGAUGGUUGGGCUUAAUGCGGCCAGUAAAAUCACGAUCUUCUUGUUCAAGCUCAAGCUCGGAGAGAGAUCGCUACUACCAUCCCCGCUCUCGGUAUUUAAUGACAUUAUUUCAUGGAAGGAUAUUGCAUAUUAUUUUAUGAUCUAGUGAUGCUAUUAGACAAUACUCAUAUGGAGUUUGCAAGUGGAUUCAAUGUGGAGACCAUGGAGUACAAAAACAUUAGUUUCACCAUUUGGGAUGUUGGUGGCCAAAAUAAGACCUCUAUGGAGUUACCACUUCCAAAAUAUUCAGGGCCUUAUUUUUGCUGUCGACAGUAAUGACAGAGACUGUAUUAUCGAGGCAAGGGAUGAACUCCAUAGGAUGCUUAAUGAGGAUGAGUUACCUGAUGCUGUAUUGCUUGUUUUUGCAAAUAAGCAAGAUAGUCCCAGCACAAUGAAUACAGCCGAAAUUACUGAUAAGCUUGGGUUUCAUUCCCUGUCUCAGCGAUGCCGUGGAGAUCUCCUGGAUCAGCCUGUGUCCCACCUGCAUCUGCGAGAGAAGAUUGUGAAGAGGUUGCGUUCGAUCAGAGUUGGGACCAAAAACCAGCCACAUGAAUGAGUGUAGUACAUCCAUCGUCAACUUUUCAGCCUUGAUCUACUUCAUCAGAGAAUUCGUGAGCCAUGGAGGUCACCGUGCGCUCUGGUGAUACAACGCCAGCUCUGCCCUCCGAAGCUCGCAAGAACGUGGACUCGAACUCUGGCCUCCCGCCUGCUGACGAGGUCGGACCUUCCUCUGGGCCGGAAGACAUGGCAGCGCAGUCGCCAGAUGACGCUGAGAACGAUGACGACCUGCAAGUGGAAGAUAUCGAGGCACAGAUAUGGCAUCUGAAGGCACGGCUGAAACGCAUCAGGGACGGGAAGCAGAGCAGGAAGCGGCAACACUCGACUGAUCCCGCCACUCUGAGUGAGCUGGAGGAGCAGUCACGGAAGAAGAAGAUGUCGCGAGCCCAGGAUGGGAUUCUAAGGUACAUGAUCAAGCUCACGGAAGUCUGCAACGCCCAAGGCUUCGUCUACGGCAUCAUCCCCGAGAAGGGCAAGCCGGUGAGCGGCGCCUCCGACAGCCUGAGAGCCUGGUGGAAGGAGAAGGUGCGAUUCGACCGGAACGGCCCGGCGGCGUUGCAGAGGUACCGGAUGGAGCACCCGGUCCUUGUGCCCGACGCCGACAGCACUCCUCAGAUCUCCAUCUCCAAGAUACUGCUCGAGCUGCAGGACACAACGCUGGGCUCCCUGCUGUCUGCUCUGAUCCAGCACUGUGAUCCUCCGCAGCGACGGUUCCCGCUCGAGCGGGGGGUUCCGCCGCCGUGGUGGCCGACCACAAAGGAGGACUGGUGGCCCGAGAUGGGGUUCCCGGAGGACCAAGGUCCGCCGCCGUACCGGAAACCGCACGACCUCCGGAAAGCGUGGAAGACGAGCGUACUCAUCGCUGUCAUCAAGCACAUGGCGCCCAACCUCGAGAAGAUAAGGAGGCUCGUCCGGCAUUCCAAGUGCCUCCAAGAGAAGAUGACGGCAAAGGAAAGCAUGCUCUGGAACUCGGUGCUCGAUCAAGAGAGCCGGCUGCUGCAUGGCCAAUCGCUCCCCGACGCGACUGGGCAUUCCCACUUCUACACUGCUUCCGUGAGCAGCAGCCCCAGCGACUACGACGUCAAAGAAGUCGAGAACGUCCCAAAUGCCGGUCUCCUGGACCAGAUCGCGGCGCAGUCGGGCACUGGGAAGGAGGAGGCCGGAGCUCGUCUUUCUCCAUACCACGAUCAGAUGAUGGCGGAUUACUCACAAAAGAGGGUGGCAGCCGAUGAGCCCGACCAAAGGAUCUAUACAUGCGAUCACCCUCGAUGCCCGCACCACGAUUACACCCACGGCUUCCUCGACCCGGGCUCGAGAGCUCUUCACCAGAUCCACUGUGCGUAUCGCAACGCCAUGAGUCAGCCACAGUCUCAGUUUCUGGGGUUCCAAGUGAACGAUAACAGAAGAAGCGCCGCUCUCUCUGCGCCCCGUCUCGACAAGCCAAUCAUGAAUGGUGGCGGACCUGCUCUUGUUUCACCUGACGUUGCUGGAAUCGGAGUCGCGGCUGGUGGUCACAAGUCCAUAGGUGAACUCUGCAACUUCUACGACGCCAAUCUCCCGAUGCAUGCAGCAGCAGCAGCUCAGGCUGAUAUGAACCGGCUGCAGCUUCAGAUCCAGAUGCAAGCCAAUGCUCUGCAGCAAGCUUCCGCUCCAAACCGGAUUCAGCAGUCUCCUCUGCAUCCUGCUCAUCAGAGAAGCGGUUCGAUGGCUCCUCAAGCUGCCGCGUCCAUGGAUCAGAAUGCUCUGCACGCGACGAUGUUCAUGGAGGGAAACUACGUCGCACAGAGUACUCCAAGAUUUGUCGGCGAUUGCUUCGGAGACGUCAGCAACAGCAUGCACCAGAGCCAAGAUUUACAGGCACAAAGUUUUCCUUUCGAUCCAACUUCGGGGAACCAAAACGCUGAUGUGCACACCAGAUUCACAUUCACUUCUCUUCUCAACAGUUCGAGCGGGGAAGUCAACGACGCAAUGGGUGGACGGCUGGGCGACUCGCUGCCGAAGAAAGAGGACUACGGCUGGAGAUUCUAAAUGCAGACUCACGGCACCGCCGCCUGGUCGGGAACGGCGUUCUUUGCAUCGUUUAGUCAAACACCGCAAUUUGUUUCUCCUCUGCUUCAUUGUUCUAGUGAUUUGGUAAUUUAUUAGAUUUGCAUAUUUUACCA